CCAUUUAAAUCCUCCCGAUUUCCCAUUCCCUUCUCUCUAACUCUCUCUCUCACCUCGCCACCACCAAACUCCUUUCCAUUUUUCCUCUCUUCUCAUUUAUUCCCUCCCCCCGAGUCUUCAUUUCUCUCCCUCCCCUUUAUUAUUUGCCCCCUCACAAGAAUGUGGUGUAGCCUCUGAGAGGGACAGAAGAGGAGAGGGAGAACGGAGGAGGAGGAGGAGGAGGAGGAGAAGAGGAGCCCUCCAUGGUCGAUUGUUCUACGGUCUCAACAACGAGAACCCACAUUGCAUCCACCCCUGCAAGAACCAGGACCAGGACCAGGACCGGAACGACCAUGGCUUCUUCAUCUCCUUGUCUGACCGGCGGCGAGAAAAAGCAUUGGUGGCUCACCAACCGAAAGGCCGUGGGCAAGUACAUAAAGGACGCGAAGAAUCUGAUGGCGACCCAGGAGGCGGGCGAGAUCGCGUCGGCGCUGAGCCUCCUCGACUUGGCCCUCGCCCUGUCGCCCCGCCUCGAGCUCGCCCUCGAGCUCAAGGCUAGGUGCCUCCUCCAGCUCCGGCGGUUCAAGGACGUCGCCGACAUGCUCCAGGACUACAUCCCCAGCCUCAAGCUGGCCAGCGACGACACCACCUCGUCGUCGUCGUCGUCCUCCUCCUCGUCCUCGUCCUCAUCGUCGGACGGGUCGUCGCAGCAGCUGUCGAGGGAGCGGGUCAAGCUGCUCUCCUCCCCCGGGUCGCCGACCCGAGAUCCGAGCUUCAAGUGCUUCUCCGUGUCGGACCUGAAGAAGAAGGUGAUGGCCGGGCUGGGCAAGAACUGCGACAAGGAAGGGCAGUGGAGGUACACGGUCCUGGGCCAGGCGUGCUGCCACCUGGGCCUCAUGGAGGACGCCAUGGUCCUCCUCCAGACCGGGAAGCGCCUCGCCACGGCGGCCUUUCGUCGUGAGUCCGUCUGCUGGUCCGACGACAGCUUCUCCCUGUCGGACCUCCCUGUCCCCGCCGAGAUUGCGUCAUCCCCCAGCACCCCGCCCGGCACCCCGCCGCAGGCUGGUGGCACGUCCUUGUCAGAUCCCGAGUCCAUCAACCAGCUCCUCAGCCACAUCAAGCUCCUCCGCAGGCGCCGUGCAGCGGCCCUUGCUGCACUCGAUGCGGGCCUCUAUUCUGAGGCCAUCCGCCACUUCACCAAGAUCGUCGACAGCCGCCGUGGCACCGCUGCCCCGCAGGGGUUCCUGGCUGAGUGCUAUAUGCACCGGGCUUCAGCGUUCCGCUCUGCAGGCCGGGUCGCGGAGUCCAUCGCGGACUGCAACAGGACAUUGGCCCUCAACCCGACCUGCAUCCAGGCCCUGGAGACCCGAGCACAGCUCCUAGAGGGAAUCCGGUGCAUCCCAGAUUGCCUCCAUGACCUGGAACACCUGAAACUUCUCUACAACACGAUCCUGCGUGAUCGGAAACUGCCCGGGCCGGCCUGGAAGCGCCACCAUGUGCAUUACCGCGAAAUUCCAGGAAAGUUAUGCACGCUCACGACGAAAAUCCAGGAAUUGAAGCAACUGGUGGCAUCUGGCAAGAUCGGGAAUGUGGAUUACUAUGGGCUGAUGGGAUUGAGACGGGGUUGCUCACGGUCCGAAUUGGCUCGUGCCCACCUGCUGCUCUCCCUGAAGCACAAGCCCGACAAGGCCAUGGGCUUCAUCGAGCGGUGCGAGUUCGCAGAUGAGCGGGACCUCGAGUCUGUCCGGGACCGAGCGAGGAUGUCCGCACUUUUGCUGUACCGAUUGAUCCAGAAGGGCUAUAACAACGUCCUGUCAUGCAUCCUGGAGGAGGAGGUGGCGGCAGAGAAGCAGCGGAAGCAAGCUGCCACUGCCGCUUCGAUCCAGGCGGCAGCCAUCAAGCUCCAGCAGGUGCAGGAGAGCAACAAUCUGGACGAGCCCAAGGCGAACCAGGCCCCAAAACCCUCCAUAGAAAGUGCGAAUCCCGCGAGCAACAGGAUCGCUCUCAGCGAGAACCAGAAUGCCGCAGCCUCAGUGGCGGCAGCCAACGGGUCGAUGUUUCAGGGGGUGUUCUGCCGUGACCUUGCGGCGGUCAGCAGCUUGUUGUCUCAGGUUGGGAUCAAUCGUCCGCUUCCGGUGAAAUACGAGGCCCUCAGUUGCUGAUACGCUUUGCUCCUUUAAGCCUCGACGAGUUUACGUUCCAUAGGGGGAUUCUUGACCGGCACGAGUUAAAAAAAAGUGGGGAAGAAAAGAAAGACCAGACCAGACCAGACCAGACCGGUUUCGUCCAUUUGUACAAAGUUAAAAGGAAGUCCGAUCUUGCCGGGAAAAUUUUUGCUAGCUUCUUCUAUGAAUAUCUCAUGUCAUAUUGUACAGGUUUUUUCACUAUCAAACUAGUUCCAUUUUGAAUCUCUCGUCUUCUUCGGUUCUAA